AUGGAUUUGAGCAUCUGUGUCUUUUUUUUCUAUCUCUCUGUUUGGUUCUAUCAACCUAUGGAAUCUCUAAUAUCUAUCUAUCUAUCUAUCUAUCUAUCUAUCUAUCUAUCUAUUUCAGUAUGUCCAUAUCUAUCUAUCUAUCUAUCUAUCUAUCUAUCUAUCUAUCUAUCUAUCUAUCUAUUUCAGUCUGUCCAUUAUCUAUCUAUCUAUCUAUCUAUCUAUCUAUCUAUUUAUCUCCAUUAUCUAUCUAUCUAUUUCAUCUAUUUCAGUCUGUCCAUUAUCUAUCUAUCUAUUUCAGUCUAUCUAUCUAUCUAUCUAUCUAUCUAUCUAUCUAUCUCUAUUCAUCUAUCUAUCUAUUUCCAGUCUGUCCAUUAUCUAUUAUCUAUCUAUCUAUCUAUCUAUCUAUCUAUCUAUCUAUCUAUCUAUUUCAGUCUGUCCAUUAUCUAUCUAUCUAUCUAUCUAUCUAUCUAUCUAUCUAUCAUAUCUAUCUUUAUCUAUUUCGGUUUUCAUCUAUUCAUCUAUCUAUCUAUCAUGGAUCUAUUCGUUAUCUAUUUAUUGUCCAAAAUUCGGAUCUAUCUAUCGUCAUCUCCCUAUCUAUUUCAGUUGAAUUAUCUAUCUUCAUCUAUCUAUCUAUCUAUCUAUCUAUCUAAAAUUAUAUCUAUCUAUCUUUACGGUUUUUCGUCUGUGAAACAUGUUUCAUUGACAAACAUUUCCUAUUUGUUAUCUAUCUAUCUAUCUAUCUAUCUAUCUAUCUAUCUAUCUAUCUAUCUAUUAGUAGACUAUCUUUUUACAUCUACCUUUCUUUCUUUCUUUCUUUCUUUCUUUCUUUCUUUCUUUCUUUCUGUCUAUAUGCCUGAUUAUUUUUGUUCGUUUGUUUAUCUAUCUAUCUAUCUAUCUAUCUAUCUAUCUAUCUAUCUAUCUAUCUAUCUAUGUGUCUGCCGAAGAGAAAAAUAUCUAUCUUUCUCAGUCUAUUCAGUAUCUAUCUAUCUAUCUAUCUAUCUAUCUAUCUAUCUAUCUAUCGCAUCUAUUCUAUCUAUCUAUCUAUCUAUCUAUCUAUCUAUCUCAAGUCUAUUCAGUAUCUAUCUAUCUAUUCUAUCUAUCUCAUCUAUUCAGUAUCUAUCUCAGUCUAUUCAGUAUCUAUCUAUCUAUCUAUCUAUCUAUCAGUCUAUUCAGUAUCUAUCUAUCUAUCUAUCUAUCUAUCUAUCUAUCUAUCUAUCUAUCUAUCUAUCUAUCUAUUCAGUAUUUAUCAAUCUCAGUCUAUUCAGUAUCUAUCUAUCUAUCUCGAAUUCAUAUCUAUCUAUCUAUCUAUCUAUCUAUCUAUCUAUCUAUCUAUCUCAAAUUCAUAUCCAUAUGUAUCUAUCUAUCAAUAUCGAAUACAUAUCCACAUCUAUCAAUAUCAAAUUCAUAUCAAUUUCUAUCUAUCUAUCUAUCUAUCUAUAUCAAAUUCAUGUCCAUAUCUAUCUAUUAAUAUCAAAUUCAUAUCCACAUCUAUCUCUUGAUAUCGAAUUUAUAUCCAUAUCCAUAUCUAUCUCUUGA